CUUCAUCGUCACCACUACCAUUCUCCUCCUCCAUUUUCUCACCACCGAAUCCAACAAUGGCACCUCUCAUCCUCCUCUUCCUCACCUCCACCCUCUCCCUCCUUCCCCUCGGCGCUUCCCAAACCAAUACCACCACCACUACCGACACCAUCGAAGUAUCAGCGCUAAUAGCGGUGUUCGAUUCGUGGAACAUAUUGGGGAUGUUGAACCGGCCGCAUGACCCGUGCGCGCCAACUGCUUGGUUGAAUGCCCCAAAGGAGAAUCUUGUGGUCAAUUGCAAUUGUUCGAGCCCAGUUGACAAUACCUGCCACAUUGUCGAAUUGAAGGUGAGUGGCCUCAACAUUGUUGGCGAGAUCCCGAAUGAGCUCUUCGACUUGAAAGAAUUGGUCCAGUUGGAUUUGAGUCAAAACUUGUUGAGCGGCCAAGUACCGCCUGCAAUCGGCAGCCUCUCCAAUAUGAGCUUCUUGGACUUGAGCAUGAACAAAUUAUCUGGGAAUGUGCCAUCAGAGCUUGGGAAUCUUACUAAACUGUAUUCACUAAGCUUUCGUUCAAACAGAUUCAAUGGUGUCCUCCCAGAGGAACUUGGAAACUUGACCAGCCUUCAAUAUUUGUACUUUGACAGUAGUGGAGUUACUGGAGAUCUUCCUCAUGAGCUAGCAAAGUUAAGGAAGCUUAAAGCCUUAUGGGUAUUUGAUAAUGACAUCACAGGGACUGUACCGUCUUUCAUUGGAAGCUUAAAAGAUCUGACGGAUUUACGGAUCUAUGGGACAUCGCUUAAAGGACCUAUUCCAACAAUCUUCUCCGCCCUGGAAAAACUAGAAGUCUUGAUACUCGGUGAUCUUAUACCUCCAGAUUCUUCUCUUUCUUUCUUGGAGAACUUGACAAGUUUGUCAAUUUUGUCCUUGAGAAAUAGCCAAAUCACUGGUCAGAUCCCUGAUUAUCUUGGAGAAUUCGUCAACCUCACGUACCUAGAUUUAAGCUUCAACAAUUUAAGCGGUCAGAUACCAAGGUCAUUUCAAAAUUUUAGCUCCUUGCAACAUCUUUAUCUAGGUACAAAUAACUUGACUGGCGACCUCCCUACUGGUAUAAUUACUCCAAACCUCACAGCUUUAGAUGUGUCUUUCAAUCCUAUCUCUGGCAGUCUUCCUUAUGAUCAUAAUAAAGAAGGUUUCUCGAUGAACUUCAUUGGAACUUUAAUUGAUUCAAGAAGAAUAUAUGACAGUAGAAGUUCAGAUAUACUAUACUGCCUCCAUGAGGACACAUCAUGCAGUGGACAAAAUUUGACUUCUUCAAGUUCCUCAUUUUCUGUGAAAUGUGGUGGAAAGAAAAUAUUUGCCUCUGGUACUGAAUUCUAUGAGGAUUCUGAUGUUCUGGGAGCAGCAGAUUUUCGCUUGAACACCACACAUCAAUGGGUUGUGAGUAAUGUAGGCUCUCACCCUUCAAACCCUAAUAGCUCUCACUAUAUUGUGACCACAAAUGCUGAAAUACUGGGAACAUCAGAACCCGAGCUUUAUAAAACAGCGAGGGUGUCACCAAGCUCAUUACGAUAUUAUGCCGUUGGUUUAGUUAAUGGCAAGUAUACAGUCAACCUCCACUUUGCAGAGAUAGUAAUAUCUGAUAACUCGAGCUCAUGGAAAGGACUCGGAAAGCGCUUAUUCGACAUUUACAUACAGGGAAAUAGAGUCUUGCAAGAUUUCAACAUUAUUGAUGAAGCAAAGGGAUCGAAAAGGGCUAUGAACAAGACCUUUGAAGCAAAUGUUACUAAUUCUGUUAUGGACAUACAUUUCUUCUGGGCUGGGAAAGGUACCUGUUGCAUUCCAUAUGAAGGAACUUACGGGCCGUUGGUGUCGGCAAUACAUGUUUAUCCAGACUUCAAUAGGACAAAUUUGCCCUCCACACACAAAGAGGGAAUGGCAGGGAGGCUUGUGGGUUUUGCAUCUCUUUGCAUUGCUGGUGCUGCGAUACUUUCGUCCAUCGUUUACCUACGGUGGAAAUGGACCGCAAUAGGCCGAACACAAACUCAUAGUGCUCCUGAAGAAAAAAGUUGAUUCUAUUAUUAUUAUUUUUUCUGUUUCUUUCAUUGUGCAUGUUUGUGUGUAUUUUUCUGUGUGGAUUUGCCCUAUAAAUCUAGUCUUUGUUCAUGUAUCUUUUUACAUAGUUGUGAGCUGUUGGACAGAUAAAGGCUUGUAUAGCAAAAUAGGAAUUUACAACCAAGGAAAAAAAGAAAAAGAAAACACAAGAACCAAAGUUUGAUUUGUUGGA